AUGGCUAGGCACGCAGUGGAGAAGACGACACCGGAAGAGCCUUUGGAUGAGCAACUGAUUCAGUCCCAAUCGACGCCGUCGGCGGACCUCGAAGGACAGGCUGCGCCAGCUGAAGAACAGGAUGUCUUUGGUAACGAGGAAGGCGCUGAGAUACAGUACAAGACGUGCAAGUGGUGUCAAGUUAUGCUGGCAGAGAAUGUCUCAUUAGGCGUCCUCGCCCUUCCUCAAGCGCUUGCGAUUCUCGGCCUCGUCCCCGGUCUCCUCUGCAUAUGCUUCCUAGGCAUCAUCGCUACAUACACUGGCUAUCUGAUCGGCGAAUUCAAGCUGGCUCAUCCAUCUGUAGCGAACUACGCGGAUUGCGGCAUGCUUAUGAGCGGGCCAGUGCUUCGCGAGGUGCUUGCUGUCGGACAACUACUAGUUCUGAUCUUCAUCAUGGGGGCGCACAUCUUGACCUUUGCGGUCGCGAUGAAUGCGAUGACUGACCACGGCACUUGCACUAUCGUCUUCACUGUCGUCGGACUGAUCGUCUCCUUCCUGCUAGGAUUGCCCAGAACGUUCAAGAAUAUCAGCUACUUUAGCUACUUUUCUUGCGGUUCCAUCAUUGUGGCAGUUACGGUAACCAUGAUCGCGAUUAGUAUCCAGAAGCCAGACAUGGGGAACAUCGUUGCUGUGCGACCUGAUGUACCACUCGUCAAAGGACUCGCACCCGUAAUGAAUAUCGUCCUAGCUUACACUGGACACGUCGCUUUCUUCUCGUUCCAAUCCGAACUCGAAGACCCUCGCGACUUCCGCAAAGCUCUCAUCUUCGAGCAGGGCAUCGCAGUCACAUUCUAUAUGCUCAUCUCGGUCAUCAUAUACUACUACGCCGGGCCUCUUGUAGCCUCACCUGCCCUUGGUUCCGCGUCCCCACUCGUCAGCAAGAUCUGUUUCGGCAUCGCGCUGCCUACAAUCAUCGUCGCAGGUGUAGUCAAUGGCUCUGUAGCCACUAAUUUGGGCUUGGAAUGUGGUCGUCUGGAUGGGCAUUGA